UAUCGAAAAAUUUUAUGGCAUAAUAUGCGUGGUAUCGCAGUAUCAGAUAUACAGACAACAGAGUGGACCAGUUCCCUACCCUUCCACAGAUAAAAAUUCAUUGCCUCCGAUUGAGUUCCGGUUAAUACAGUUUCAUAACUCAAGAAAUCAACAAAAGUCGGACAAAGGCUCCAAAAAACACGAAUUGAAGGGAGAAAAUAAUUGCUUAAAAGUACCCAAACUAUACGACAGCUCCAGUGGCAGUAGUGC